AUGUCGAAUUCUUCCAUUCAAGUCUCUCAAGAGACCUCGCAUUCUUCGAAGACAGCUGAUAUGACAAAUGAGACAAUGCCCGAUGAUCCAAUCGCCAACCAAUCGAUCUCAUAUAUUUUAUCUACUCAAUUGAGCACCACCAUCACUCAACGAAAAUCGUCUUCGUCCAUAACUCAGGAGUUCUCAGAAGAGAUAGUCCAGACCGUCGACAUCCGUUCAGCUACAGAAAGGAAAGAUUCGGACAAGAGACAUAGUCCACUGCCAACUAGACAGCACUCGAGCGAUUCUGAUGAUGAAAAUGGGUUGGCCGCCAAGACAAUUCCUGAAGCCCUCCAACAGCUUCGCCCCCUCCAACGACAUCGAAAGGAUAUGGCGUUGAAUGAAUUUCUACAAAUGAAAUUCAAAGGACAACUGCUAAGACUGAUCAAUUGGGAUUGUGUGGAUAUUUUGAAAAGCUAUAAUCCAAAGACUGCUCUUUUCAAAAAGAAUGCGAGAAACAACCCCAUUCUUCUCGUAGGAGGGAAAUAA